GGCAAGGCGGCCUAGUCAGGCCUGAGCUCGGGAGAGGAGGGCAGAGGCGGGAGGCGGGGCCGGGCAUGGCCCCCUGAGGGCCCCCAGCGCCGGAGGAGCGGCAGGCCAUGGAGUGCCGUGAGGGGCCGGGCGAGCUGAGCGCCGACUGCGUGGAGAAGGGCCCCCAGGCCGGAGAGGCGCUGCCCAGGGCGGAGCGGGCCGCGCGGGGGAGGCCGGAGCCGGGGGACAGGGUGCUGCGCUCCCCGCCGGCGGAGAAGGAGAAGGGCUGGGGCGCCGAGCAGCCGGGCGAGUGGGCCGAACGGGGCCCGUCCUGGCCCGCGGGGGACUCCGACCCGAUCCUGCCCCCGGAGGACUUCCUCCCGCCCCCCGAGUGCCCCGUCUUCGAGCCCAGCUGGGCCGAAUUCAGCGACCCCCUGGGCUACAUCGCCAAGAUCCGGCCUAUUGCAGAGAAGAGCGGCAUCUGCAAGAUCCGCCCUCCCGCGGAUUGGCAGCCUCCCUUUGCUGUGGAGGUGGAUAACUUCCGGUUUACCCCAAGGAUACAGAGGCUUAAUGAAUUAGAGGCCCAGACCAGGGUAAAGUUGAACUAUUUAGACCAGAUUGCAAAGUUCUGGGAGAUUCAAGGGUCUGCACUGAAAAUCCCAAACGUAGAGAGGCGAAUCCUUGAUUUGUACAGCCUGAGCAGAAUUGUGAUGGAAGAAGGUGGAUAUGAAGCCAUCUGCAAGGAUCGCCGAUGGGCGCGAGUGGCCCAGCGCCUUUCCUAUCCGUCGGGAAAGAACAUUGGCUCUCUUCUUCGUUCCCAUUAUGAGCGUAUUAUCUACCCUUAUGAAAUGUACCAGUCGGGUGCCAACCUGGUGUGCAAUACCCACCCAUUUGACAAUGAGGAAAAGGACAAGGAGUAUAAGCCACACAGCAUCCCUUUACGCCAGUCAGUCCAGCCUUCCAAGUUCAACACUUACGGACGCCGAGCCAAGCGUUUACAGCAAGAGGAAUCCGAAUCGUGCCCUGAUCCUGCCAGCGCCCCAGCUCUGUUCCUGGAGCGAGCGCCUCAAGCAUGGCCAGAGCCAACAGAAGAAGACAUUGAGAAGAACCCAGAGCUGAAAAAACUGCAGAUUUAUGGUGCUGGCCCCAAGAUGCUGGGUCUGGGGCUUGUAGCCAAGGACAAGAACAUGCGCAAGAAAGAUAAGGAGAUGCCCGAAUGCCCUCCAACAGUGAUAGUGAAAGAGGAGACUCCUGUUCCAGAGACGAAGCUUGAGCCCACCUCGCCCAGAGGCUAUGCAAAUGUGAAAGAGGAACUAAGGCACAGUCCAGAACCUUGCACCAAAAUGACAAUGCGUCUGCGUCGCAACCACAACACUCAGUUUAUUGAGUCUUAUGUUUGUCGGAUAUGUGCACGGGGAGAUGAAGACGACAAGCUCUUGUUAUGCGAUGGAUGUGAUGACAACUAUCACAUCUUCUGCCUAUUGCCGCCCUUGCCCGAAAUUCCAAAAGGGGUCUGGCGGUGUCCCAAAUGCGUCAUGGCGGAAUGUAAGCGACCUCCAGAAGCUUUUGGGUUUGAGCAGGCUACUCGGGAGUACACACUACAGAGUUUUGGAGAGAUGGCAGAUUCUUUCAAGGCUGACUACUUCAACAUGCCUGUGCAUAUGGUGCCAACAGAGCUGGUAGAAAAGGAGUUCUGGCGAUUGGUAAACAGCAUUGAGGAAGAUGUAACAGUCGAAUAUGGUGCUGACAUCCAUUCCAAGGAAUUUGGAAGUGGCUUCCCCAUUAAUGAUGGCAAAAGGCAGCUCUCUCCAGAGGAAGAGGAGUAUGCAGCCAGUGGCUGGAAUCUCAAUGUGAUGCCAGUCCUGAAACAGUCGGUGCUCUGCCACAUCAAUGCCGAUAUUUCAGGCAUGAAGGUCCCGUGGUUGUAUGUGGGCAUGGUGUUUUCUGCCUUCUGCUGGCAUAUAGAGGAUCACUGGAGCUACUCUAUUAACUACCUCCACUGGGGUGAGCCCAAGACGUGGUAUGGGGUCCCUUCCUUUGCAGCCGAACAUCUGGAAGAUGUCAUGAAGAAAUUGACCCCAGAGCUGUUUGAGAGCCAGCCGGACCUGCUGCAUCAGUUAGUGACGCUCAUGAACCCCAACACGCUAAUGGCUCACGGCGUACCAGUUGUGCGGACCAAUCAGUGUGCAGGAGAGUUUGUCAUUACGUUCCCUAGAGCCUACCACAGCGGUUUCAACCAGGGUUAUAACUUUGCUGAAGCUGUCAACUUCUGCACUGCUGACUGGUUACCAGCUGGUCGGCAGUGCAUAGAGCACUACCGCCGCCUCCGCCGCUACUGUGUAUUCUCACAUGAAGAGCUCAUCUGCAAGAUGGCUGCUUGUCCUGAGAGGCUGGACCUGAACUUGGCAGCUGCUGUGCACAAAGAGAUGUUUAUCUUGGUGCAAGAAGAGCGUAAACUGCGCAAGGCUCUCCUUGACAAGGGCAUCACAGAAGCAGAGCGAGAGGCCUUUGAGUUGCUUCCAGAUGAUGAGCGACAGUGUGACAAAUGCAAGACGACGUGCUUUCUGUCAGCGCUUGCUUGCUAUGACUGCCCAGAUUGUCUUGUUUGCCUCUACCAUAUCAACGACCUCUGCAAGUGCCCCAGCAGCAGACAAUAUCUCAGGUACCGGUAUACUCUGGAUGAAUUACCAGCCAUGUUACACAAGCUGAAGGUCCGGGCAGAGUGUUUUGACACAUGGGCCAACAAAGUUCGAAUUGCUUUAGAAGUGGAAGAUGGGCGCAAGAGAACCUUGGAAGAACUACGUGCAUUGGAGUCGGAAGCACGUGAGAGGAAGUUUCCAGAGAAUGAACUGCUUCACCGGCUCAAGAGCUGCUUGAGUGAAGCAGAGAAAUGUGUCUCCGAAGCCCUGGGUCUGAUAAGCAGCCAAGAAACAGGGGAACCAUCGGUCCAUAUGACAGUGGAGGAAUUGCGUGCCUUCCUAGAGCAAAUGAACAACUUGCCCUGUGUUAUGCACCAGAUAAAGGAUGUCCAGAGCGUAUUGGAGAAAGUGGAGGCUUUUCAAGCAGAGGUUCAGGAGGCACUGCAGGGUCUCCCAGGCAACUCUCCAGAGCUGCAUAAGUUGCUGGCACAGGGCACACAACUUGGGGUGGAAGUGCCGGAGAUGGAACGACUGGAGAAGCAGGUGCAACAGGCUGUCUGGCUGGAAGAGGUCAAGCAGACUCUGCGUUCACCCCAGGAUAAAGUCACGCUGUCUGUGAUGCGGGCACUCAUCACCUCUGGCCGCGGAGUCGCUCCCAGCCCAGCUGUGGAGAAGGCCAUGGCUGAGCUGCAGGAGUUACUCACCAUUGCCCAACGAUGGGAGGAAAAAGCCCAAAUGUGCCUGGAGGCCAGGCAAAAGCACCCACCAGCCACACUGGAGGCCAUCAUCAAGGAGGCAGAGAACAUCCCGGUCCAUCUGCCCAACAUCCUGUCCCUCAAAGAAGCUCUGUCUAAGGCCCAGGCGUGGAUUGCUGAUGUGGAGGAAAUCCAGAAUGGAGACCAUUAUCCCUGCCUGGAUGACCUGGAGGGACUUGUGGCUGUGGGUAGGGAUUUGCCCGUGCAUCUUGAAGAACUGCGCUACUUGGAGCUACAAGUGACGACAGCACAUUCCUGGCGGGAAAAGGCCUCCAAGACCUUCCUCAAGAAGAACUCCUGUUACACAUUGCUCGAGGUGCUGUGCCCGUGUGCUGAUGCGGACUCUGACAGCGUUAAGCGCAUGAAGUGGCAGAAGGAGAAGGAGCCGAGCCUGUACAAAUCCGACACAGAGAGCCUGGGCCUCUCUGCACAAGACCUCAGGGACCCUGGCUCCGUUCAGAUCCUGGCCUUCAAAGAAGGGGAACAGAAGGAGAAAGCAGGGAUGCUGCGCCUGCGCCAAUCAAAUGCCCAGAAGCCCGUGCCGUCAGCACACAGUCCUCCGGGAGGCCAGUACUGUGUGUGUUCCCAGCCUCCAAGCCCUGCCAUGUUGCAGUGCGAACUGUGUCAGGACUGGUUCCACCCCACCUGUGUGGCGUGGCCCCACUUGGGCAGCCCCCGUCCUGCUCCUGCAUGGUGGGAAUGGGAUGCCAAAUUCCUGUGCCCGCUUUGCCAGCGUUCUCGCCGGCCUCGUCUGGAAACAAUCCUGGCCCUGCUCGUGGCCCUGCAGAAGCUCCCUGUACGGCUGCCUGAGGGAGAAGCUUUGCAGUGCUUGACGGAGCGAGCUAUUACGUGGCAGGACCGUGCUCGUCAGCUCCUCGCCUCCUCGGAUGUUGUUACGGCCUUGGAGCGCCUGGCAGAGCUGCGGCAGAGGCUGGUUGGGGACUCUGCCAAGGAAGGAAGUGCACUCAAAGAGAGCAGCUGCAAUGAACAGACCAAGGUUUCAGUGGAGAAUGGGGACUCCACUGCUCCAGAAAAAAACAGCUCCCCUCCCUCAGACUUGGAGGUGCUCGGUUCUUACCUGCCGCAGCUGCAGGGCCCUGUGCUGGAGCUGCCCAAUACCAUCCGUCUUCCCUUGGAGGAGCUGCUAAUGGAGGGCGACCUUCUGGAGGUGACAUUAGAUGAAAGCCAGAGCAUUUGGCGCCUGCUCCAGGCAGCCUAUGCCCCUCAGGUUGAGAAAUUCCACCAGCUGCUGGAUCUGGAACAAGCGGAGCGGCGUGUCACCCGGGGGCGAGGGCGGGACUCAGAGCGACGGCGGAAGCGUAAGACAGAGCGGGGCGACUGCCCGCCCGUGCCCAAGGAGGAACUAGAGCCAAAGAAGAUCCGGGGGGCAGAGCAAGGGCUGCCCCAGGGUUGCGCUCCCCCUGAAGCAGGCACAGAUUGCAGCCACAAUGGAGUUGGGUUGUGACGGCUAGAUGAUGCCUGGAUUUCCUCCUUCUGGACUAUACUGCACUGCAAGGGACUCUGGCAGCCCCGGGUCACUCUGUUGGUUUGACUAGCACUCUGCAUGGGAGGGUAGCCAGCCCCAGAAGAUGGGGACUACAACUCGCCCACCCCAACCCCCACCUAGGAUUCAGCACUGGCCCCGCACCAGACUUAUUUUCAGACGAUGUUAAUAUUUCUUUUUCUUUUUCCUCCUUUUGUACUGUUGAUACCUCGAAAGUGGGGAGAGGCAUUGCAGGGGUCACCAGCGCACAGAGUCCGCCGGCUCCCUUCAGCAGAGGCAGCAGAGGAUGCUAGCCCUCUUGCUGCGAGAAGGUGAGCCUCGCGGAAACCUGUUCGGGGUGGUAGCAGUGUGUGCUGGGACUAGCCACAGAGCCUGGCUUCGGCCAGGAGGAGCUGGGAGCCCCCCACCCCCCGAGGGCCAGGCUCAUUGUCCCGGCACCUCUUGGAUUCAGCAGGGGUAGCCCCUCCUAUGGGACAGCUGGGCAACUCUCCCCAAACACUCCUAUCCUCCUCUGGUACCUGUUGGGUUUUAUAGGAAUUUGGGCAACCACUUUGAUCUUUGGGGUGGUGGAAAGGGCAAGGGACCUUAUAGUUCCACUUCAGCCUCUACUCCACCCUCACUUUCCUUGCCCCAUGCUGCCUCAGGCUCUGACACUAAAGUCUUUUGUCUUUCUCUUUUUAGUGUUUUUCCUUUAUUUUCUCCAGCAGAGGAGGGUGGGCUGUUGAGGGGUAGGGAGGGGCGUGUUAUUUUAUUGUAUUAUGAUUUUUUAUUAUUAUUAAACUUUGGAGGUUAAUGAA